GUGCAGAGCUCGGAUGAGGCUGGUCGCCAUCUUUACUCGAUCCCAGCGCUCGGCUGCCGGUGGGGCGGAACACCACUCAUCGACCCAGUUGAUUUCUAGGAACCGCCGACAGACCUGGCUCACCACCGCCGUGUGUUUCACCGAAGAUUUGCCUCUUUAACUAGCACGCCACUCUACCUGCACCUCGACACACAAUGGGAGAGCGAGAGGACCUAGUUUACCAGGCAAAACUCGCCGAGCAGGCAGAGAGAUAUGACGAGAUGGUGGAGUCUAUGAAGAGUGUGGCAGGCAUGGACGUGGAGCUCACAGUGGAGGAGAGGAACCUACUAUCAGUGGCCUACAAGAAUGUGAUCGGAGCUCGGAGAGCAUCCUGGAGGAUAAUCAGCAGUAUCGAACAGAGGGAAGAGAGCAAGGCCGGAGAAGAAAAACUGAAGAUGAUCCGGGAAUACAGGCAAAAUGUUGAGAAGGAGCUGAAGUCAAUCUGUGGUGACAUUCUGGAUGCACUGGAAAGGCACUUACUCCCAUCUGCUGUCAUGGGGGAGUCUAAGGUCUUCUACAACAAAAUGAAGGGUGACUACCACAGGUACCUGGCAGAGUUCGCCACUGGCAACAACAGAAAGGAGGCAGCAGAGAACAGCCUGGUGGCCUACAAAACCGCUACUGAUCUAGCCAUGUUGGAGCUGCCACCCACACACCCCAUCCGCCUCGGCCUUGCCCUCAACUUCUCCGUCUUCUACUACGAGAUCCUAAACUCUCCCGACCGCGCCUGCAGGUUGGCAAAGGCUGCGUUUGAUGACGCCAUCACAGAACUGGACACACUGAAUGAAGACAGCUACAAGGACUCCACACUUAUCAUGCAGUUGUUACGUGACAACCUGACACUAUGGACUUCAGAUAUGCAGGGAGAGGGCGAAGAACAAAAAGAGCAACUGCAAGACGUCGACGAUGAGGCCCAGUGAGACUAUGCCACCAACAGCCAACAACUUGAGACCCUCUCCCCACCUCCUCACACUCCUCAUCCCUCCACCUGCGGCCUCCUCCAUCCUCCCCUCCCUCCUCCCUCUCAAGUCACCUUCCUCCUCCUCCUCCUCCUCUCCCCUCCUUUUCCUUUCUUCCACCUCUGCAGCUCCGUGACCCAGCAGGGCCGAGGAGUUAACAAGUUUAUUUUUCUCUUCUUUUUUUAUUUUUAUAUUAGCCCUUACAUCAUUCAAGUAAAUAGCACUUAAUUGAGACAGGAAAUACAAUGUUAGAAAGGCAAAGAUAAAGAGUACCCGGGUUGUUUUUGUUUUUUCGUCCUGGUACAAACAGUUCUGAAAUGUUAUCUUUGUUUUCAUUAUUGUAUUUUUGUUUUGGUUUUUUUUUUGCUUUUUUCCUCAAUAUUUUUAUCAGUUGCUGGAUGUAUUGAGAAUUUUUUUUUCUUAAUGUAAUUACAGAAAUUAACUUUUAUUACUGAACAUGUUGACUUUUAGUUAUGGGAGCUAUUUUAUCUCUGUUUUUAGUGAAAUGUCAUGCGAAUCAUUUUACCUGGGCAAUUUGGAGAAAACUACAAGUGCCCUUUUUGUUAACUUAGGUUUUCAGAGGAAGUUGGCAAAUUUCGGGAUAUCCACGUGAGGCAAAGAAGUGCUUAACUUUUACACCAUAGUGAUUCUGUUGUCAUGUUUUCGUAGUUGUCCUUGGACUGUACUUUGUGCUGAAAUACUGUAUCUGUGCACACAUGCUGAGUCGCUGAAGGUUGACUUAUUGUUAGCUGGUGUUUGAACGAAAAACAAAACUUGGGAGAUUUCACACUUGUGUAAAAGACGAGUCUCAAUUUGGCCGCGCUCCUCGACAGAGAGCCCUAAAAUCAUGAUAGUCAAGCUUGCAUGAGUUAACACAUUUCUUUUCUGCUGCUUUUCCCCCCUUCUGUUCACUAAAGCUGCUCUGGGUUCAGAGGUUUUCUUUCUUUGCUGUUUUCUUUGUUUCUCUUCUUGUUUUGCUUCAUUAUGUGUAACUUGGAGCUGAUUUGUACUACUGGAUAUCUGACUGGAGCCACAGACAGGGAAUCUGUAUUGUUCUUACUGAAACACAGCAUGGAAUUAACAUUAAAGAAUCUAAAUUAAACAUUA